UUUGUUGUCUUCCGCCUGUGAGCGACAGACUCGAGACACGGGACACGGGACACGGGACAGUGGUCCGGUCCAGACCUGAGACCUGAGCCGAGACCAGACCUGAGUCCAGACCAGAGCCCAGAGACCAGAGACCUGAGUCCAGACCAGAGACUAGACCCGAACCCAGAGACCCGAGCCCCUCUGUCCCCGGAGCGUCCCCGGGACCCGCGGUGUCUCUGUCGGACCCGGUCCACGGUGUCGGUCUUUCUCCGGGUCCUUCGGCGUAUCGGACCCGGCGCGCGCGUGUCCCGCGUGCACCGGACCCUCACCUGUGUGACGUCAGCUCGGGAUGCUGUCCUCGCGCCUGCUGAAGCCCGCCUCGUGGCUCCCCGCGAGCCUCACCCGAGUGCGCGCGACCAGCACCGGGACCAGACCCAAAGAUCAAAUCCGGAAACAGGAUCUGAAAGAUGAACCACGACCUCUGUACAUGGACUUCCAGGCCACCACCCCCAUGGACCCUCGUGUGUUGGACGCCAUGUUGCCAUAUCAGGUGAAUUUCUACGGAAACCCUCACUCCAGGACGCACGCGUACGGCUGGGAGAGCGAGAGCGCCAUGGAGACGGCGCGCAAGCAGGUGGCGGACCUGAUCGGGGCUGAUUCUCGGGAGAUCGUUUUCACGUCCGGAGCCACAGAGUCCAACAACAUGGCCAUAAAGGGCGUGGCGCGGUUCUACGGGCAGAAGCGGCGUCACGUGAUCACGACGCAGACGGAGCAUAAGUGUGUGCUGGACUCCUGCAGGGUCCUAGAGUCCGAGGGUUUCAGCGUCACCUACCUCCCCGUGCAGAGCAACGGCCUUGUGGACCUGGAGCUGCUGGAGAGGUCGAUUCGUCCGGACACAUCUCUCGUCUCCAUCAUGACGGUGAACAACGAGAUCGGAGUCAAGCAGCCAAUCAGAGAGAUCGGUCGUGUGUGUCGGGGUCGUGGUGUGUUCUUUCACACAGACGGGGCUCAGGCCGUGGGGAAAAUUCCGCUGAACGUGACAGAAAACAACAUCGACCUGAUGUCGAUCAGCGGCCACAAGAUCUACGGCCCCAAGGGUGUGGGCGCUCUCUUUGUGCGUCGUCGUCCUCGUGUGCGUCUGGAGCCGUUGCAGAGUGGGGGGGGGCAGGAGCGAGGACUCAGGUCGGGGACGGUCCCGACGCCGCUCGCCGUCGGACUCGGCGCCGCCUGCAGCAUCGCACAAGACGAGAUGGAGGUGAGACCCGGACCCGGACUGGGACUAGGACCUGGACCGAGACCGAGACUGAGACCGAGACUGAGACUGAGACCCGGACCGAAACCCGGGACCGAAACCCGGGACCGAAACCCAGGACCGAGACCCAGACUGAGACCGGGACCCGGGACCGGGACCGAGACUGAGACUGAGACUGAGACCCGGGACCGAAACCCAGGACCGAAACCCAGGACCGAAACCCAGGACCGAGACCCAGACCGGGACCCGGGACUGAGACCCAGACUGAGACCGGGACCUAGACUGAGACUGAGACCCGGGACUGAGACCGAGACCCAGACUGAGACCGGGACCUAGACUGAGACUGAGACC